AUCCGAAGAAGAAUCUUGGAUAGUGUGUCCGCCUUCGACGCAGCAAAGUUAGUUAACUUGAAGUUGUGCGUUUUGACUGCGAAGGAAAAAGAAAAAUAUCUCAAGCCGAUCCGAGAUUUGGUGUGGGAUGUACCUGCGGUCGAAAGACUUUCACGAGAGGGCAUGAAACUGAUGUUGCUUGGAGACGGCGCUCAUGCACUCGAGCAGCGAUUGCACGCGACAGAACGUUAUUUGAAUUCUUGUGGGAACGAAAGGCUUACAAUCUACCUAUUGGGUACAUUUCCAGUAUUCACGCCGACAGCGACGACGCUCGACUCACUAGUCGAAUUCAGCACUACAGGACAUUCUAACCUCGUACGAUUUUACUGUGACAAGUAUCAACUGGGCCGCGUUCGCGCCGUUCCAGACACAGAUGCGAAGGGUGACUUUCUUAUGAGUUUCAGUGUACCAAUGCAAGCGUCUACUGAUCCUACCAAGGGAUCUUGGUAUAAGGUAGACGAUGUUCCAGAUCGUACGGUUGAUUUAUGGGUGUAUGUGCCUUCUUUGCGCGAUCGUCUUUGCAAAGAAGUCAGGCUAAUACCACUGGACGUGCUGCGGAUG